GGGCCUGGCGCGGCAUGGCGGCCUCGCUCGAGGUGUGCGCGGCCCUCGGCUCCCUCGGAGGAGGAGGAGGAGGCGGCGGCGGCGGCGUUCGAGGCGCCUCUGACGGCGGCGGAGGCGGAGGGACGGGGAGCGACCCGGGCUGUGCGGCGGGCGAAGAAGAGAUGAAGGCGACGCAGCUCAACGCACUGAUGGAGCGGCUGAGAGCCAAGCACGCCCAGCCGAGGCCCUGGGGAGACACCAUCAAGAUGGUGCGCCAGGCGAUGGAGCGCCGACCGGGCAAUGACAGUCAGCAGCGUGUACUCCGGUGCCUGCAGACUGUACAAAAGGCACUCAAAGUUACAUCCCACUCUGCCAUGGUGAGCAGACUAGAGGUCAUCGCCCGUGAGCACAGGCUGAGCUGGCACUGCAACCCGUCGAACUACGAGUGCUACGUGUCGUCUGACAUGUUCUACAUGGUGAUACACGCGGACGGCGCCGGCGCCGUGGCCGACGUCAAGGUCGCGCACCACGGAGAGAACCCAGUGAGCUGCCCGGGCCUUACUAAAAUCCUACGCGAAGGAAACUUUGAAGAGUUUUCCCAACACCUGGAUGCCUUGGCCAACCUCUACAAUUUACCGGGCGACAGCGAUCUCAAGAACAAGAUGUACCUCGCCCUGCAGUCCCUGGAGCUCGACCUGUUCAAGAUGGCACAGUGGUACAAACUGGCGACGAACGCCGAAACAGUCGACGCAAUCCUGCAUGGCAACGUCGGAUUUGUCUCUCCCAGGAGCGGCGAAAACCUGAUGACCCUCAAGUAUUACGUGUCUCCCUACGACCUCCUGGAUGAGAAGACGGGUGGAAUGCUUACCCUCACAGAUGACGAUGUUCCCCGCUCGCUGGGGUUGGGCGUGACGGUGGCCGUGGAGGGAGUGAGCGGGACGCACCGGCUGCCUAUCGCACCGCUCAUCGUCGGCACCAGGGCCACGGACGACAAAGGAACACCGCAGUUCGCGAGCGUCUCGCAGGCCAACAGCGUCGAGCUGCCCGGCUGCUUCUUCCUGAAGUUCCCGUCGCCCGUGCCAGUUUCUGAGGCCACCGUGAAGCAGCUGCAGUUGCUCACAGGUGUGAACGUGGACCCCGUUGGGGAGAGGGACCACAUGUUUGUGCUCAUCCGCCGCUGUGCACUCGACAAGCUGCCCAGCGGCGGCAGCACCGCCGACUCGAUUGCGAACGGCGGCGCAGGAGAUGCCAGCUACCACACCGUGACGCUGCCAGACCAGAAACACAACUACUUCCUGAACGUGGGGAUGGAGGGAGCCACGGCGACGGCAGACCUUGGCGGGGUAGCGGGCCCUGAGACGCGGGGGGUCCUGGUCGCCAAGAUCCCCUUCGUUCACCCGAGCCAGGUCCCCGCCGUGCUGGCGGCAGUGCGGCGCCAGGCGCUCUACAACGCGCUGCUCGCGUCCUGCAUGCGCGGGGACGCCGCGCCCCGCUGUGGAGAAGAGUUGUCGGGGCGGAUCCAGUUUGAGGUGAACCCACUCACCCAUGCGUCCUUCACCGUCUCCUUCCAGCACCCCAAGCAUGACACGCUGCUCAGCGUGCUCGUUGAGGUGUCCGAAGAGGCGCAGGUCAGCGCCAAGCUGUUCACCAGCCCCGCCGAUGGGCCCUUCUGCACUGACGACUACCUCUCCCGUGUGGUGCAGCGCUGCGCGUCGCUCCCCGUGACGAUGCGCGCCGUCUACAAGAAAGCGGAGACGGCCCCCGUGAACCCCGCGCGGCCCAGCAACACGGCGGAGACGCGGCGCGCUCUCGCCGCCCUCGCCUCCAACCUCGACGCCACCCUCGAGGAGUUGCACCGCAGCCACCCCGCGGCGGCGGCGGCGACGGCGGCGCCACCCGCCGACGCGCAGCGCCACCAUCACCAGCAGCAGCGGGCGCAUCUCACGGCGGCCGCCGCCUUCGCGCAGGCGCAGGACGGCCUGGGCGGCACUGCGUACGGCGACGGGCAGGCCGCCGGCACCGCGGCUGGCCUCUCGUCGUCGGCGGCGGCGCAGCAGCACGGCGCGGGCCUCUCCUCCCCGGCCGCCGCGGCCUUCUCGGUGGGGAACCUGGGCGGUGCGUCCCACCACCUCGACUCGGAGUUCUGCAAGGUGGCGCAGAAUCCCAUCCUCACCAGUCUGCUGAUUCCGGGCGCGCACGGCAGCGGCGGUGGUGGCGCCGGCGUGACCGUGUCGGGCGGCUCUUUGGGGCCGCCCGGCGCGGGUGGCCCAGCCCCACAGACGCCGACGACGCCGGUGACCCCGACGGCGCUAGCAUCGCCAUCCAGCACCAAAGCGCAUCCCAUGCUUAUGACACUGCUGCGCGACUCGCCCGCCGGGGAGGGGUCCACCUUGCUACUCGCGGCGCCUGCGUCUGCGCCGUCCUCGUCCGCGGCCUCGUCCACGAUGGCGACGUCCGUGAUGUAUGGGGGUGGCGGUGGAGGAGCAGGAGGUGGGCAGAUGCACCACCACGGCCAGCUGCAUCAGCACGCGCCUUACCACCACCAUCACCACCAACAGCAGCACCACCACCAUCACCACGGUGGUGGUGCUGGUGGCAUGGGGGUGGACUCGUCAUCCCCGCCGCUGCACUGGAAGCCGCGCAAGAAGAAGCGUUCGUCUAAGUCUCCGCGCGACCCGCAGAGCGAGGACGAGUUCCAGAAGGAGCUGUCGGCUGUCGAGGGUGACGAGUGCCCCGUUAUCGGCGGCAGCGGCGUGCUGGAGGGUUCCCCCAUGGGCGCCCCCCCUCCUCCGCUGCCUCCUCAGAUGCAGCCACCCACCCUGCAGCAGCAGCAGCAGCAGCAGCAUCUUCCGGGCUCUGCGCAGCAGUCGCACCACCAUGGGAUGCUCGGCCACGUUCACGUGGCAUCCGACGCGAGCAGCAUCCUGGAGCAGGACCUGGGCAUCAUCCUGUCGGAGAUCCAGUGGCCGCAUGGCGGGCAGCAGAGUGGGAUGGGCGGGCCAGAGGGCGGGGGUGGCGUGGGGCCCGGGGGGCGGCGCCCCAGCCUCGCCGACGACCCCUGCGGCUCUCCCGUCGACCCAGAGCUGCUGUUCGGCGUGCCGUCCAGCACGGCCAUGGCCGACUUCGACUCGCCGCUCAACGCCAACGUAUUCACGCCGGACAGCGACGACGACAGCCUCCCCGACCUCCUCAUGGAGGGAAAUCUCCAGCCCAAGGCCGGCAAGGCAGGCCAGGGCGUGGACCCGUACACGCCGUUUCCCGGAGCGUCUGGCGGCGAGCAGGCGUCCUUCGCGGCGGACGUCGCGGGCAACCGCGCGCGGGCGGAGACGGAGAGCUCCGAGACACCGGGGCAGGCUGCCGGGAAGAUUGGGGGAGGGGUCGGCGGUGGUAGCGGUGGCUUGGGGGCCCCGACAAGCGUGGCGGAAUACAUGCAGUCGGCGUUCCCGCUCUUCAGCACCGUGGAGGUGGCGUCGGUGAAGGUGGCGGGGGCGUCGGGCCCCGCACGCGACAGGGAGCAGCGCGGCGAGCGCGAGCGGGACGACGCGCCCAAGGGCGUCAAGCGGGAGCGUGAUCCUUCGGAGAGGCCACGCAAGGACAAGCCGCCAAAGAAGAAGAAGCGCGACCGCGGAGACGGCGAGUGGAGGUUAGGAUCCAGCCUGACCUCCUCGGGUGGGUCGUCGUCCUCUGUGUCGCAUCACGUUCGAUCGCAGACCCCGCCCGCCUCCACCGCACCCUUGAAGAUCACCAUCCAGGUAUCCACCAAGAAGGUAACGCUCGGAGGGCAAAGUAGUAGCAGCGGCAGCAGUGGCAGUGGGGGAGGGGGUAGUGGAGGAGGUGGGGGUGGUAGCGGCGGAGGUGGUGGUGGAGGUUCAUCGCUUACAGCCACGGGGAAGAGCUCAUCUUCGGCGUCCGUGGUCGCGUCUCCCAGCCGCCAGAGCACUCAGUUUGUAGGCAAGAUAAAGAACAACAAGACCGGCUCUUCUUCUGGGGCACCCAUGCUCAAACCCUGGUCUACGCACGGAAGUAGUGGCACCAACAGCGGCGGCACCAGUGGGGGCAGUGGAGCUUUCCCGAAGUCCGGCGUGUCAUCGCAGCCGCAUGUGACGCGCCCCGUUCAUAACAACACUAUCCGAAUCAAGACUCCACCAAAACCCCCUCCCCUCGCAUCGGGCCUGAGCAGCAAGCCUAGCGGCUCGCCAUCGCACUCAAGGUUGGUGCCAGGCUCGGCCGCCGACCGACAGCACAUGGGGAAGGGUCCGCCGGGCGCGCCGCCCCCCAUGAAGUUGAAGACACCGGGAAGCGGAGGCCCCCCCAUGUCCGGCGGCGGUUCCGGCGGCAUGGGCAGCCACUUCCGUGGCUACAAGAUGGGGCCGUCUCACCCGCGCAACGUCCAGGGCGGCGUCUCUGGUUCAUCCUCGGGCCACGGCCUAUCGGGAUCUGGGCCGGGAUCAAUGUCUGCGUCAAGAGCGGGCUCCGGAGGGCCGGCUCCUGGCUUCAAGGUGUCCAGCCCGACCGUGUCGGCGCCAGGCUCCGUCUCCUCGCUCCCGUCGAAAACAGGCCGCUCGCCGAGCCACAGGUCAUCCCUGACGGCCGUUAUCGACAAACUCAACCAUAAGGUGUCAACUACGGGCCAUGGCGACGAGGUGGCGCAGCCCCCGCCUCGCGAGCGGAUGCAGGGCCCUGGCGCGGGCCAGUCCGGCCCACAAAAAUCCCACCCGCAGCAGCAGGCAGCAUUUGACGAGGCGUGCAAGCGUGAUCGAGACACCAAGGCCGGCGGCGCGCCGCAGGACGGCCCCAGAGCGAGGCCCGACGAGGCACGGAGUAGCCCCGCUUCGGCCGCAAUCGGCGGAGUGGGCAGGAGCGAAGGCGGUGGCUCAUCUCCCGCCAACUUCAAGCACAAGUUGGCGACGGCUGGCGGCAGCGGCGGCGGGGGUGGCGGCGGCAUUUCCGUUUCAAAAGGGGAUGACACGGGGCCGUCCCGACUGUCGGCUUCAGCCCAGGGCGGCUGGGGCCACGACGUGACGGGCUCGGGCGUGACCCGCGUGCCAACUCCCGUGUCUGCCUCCUCCACGCCCAAGGUGGCCGAGCCGCCAGCGUCGUGUGCAGCCGGAGACUCGAACUCGCAAGUGAGCGGCGGUGGCGGCGGAGGUCUGUCGAGGAGCCAGCAAGCGAGCGGGCUGAGCCACUCGCUGGGCGCCGGAUCUAUGGGCAGCGGUGGAGGCAACAUCGGUAGCGACAGCCCCAGUUCAGAGGACGACAGCGUGAUUCUCAUCGGGGGCUUUCCAUCAGCGGAGCGGCAGCACGGCAAGGGCAAGCACAGGAAAGAGCUCGCCAAGUCCGGCACCGACUCAAUCACCACCGGCAUGGGAUCGUCAAAGUCGCCGGCCGUUUACGACCAGGCCCUGCCGGGGAGCGUCCAGGCCACGCCCACAUCUCCAGAGGUCAUUGCCAUCGACCUCAUGGAUGAGGCUCUCAUCGGGAGCUCUCGCUGAGCCCUCGGUCCAAUACUCCCAACCCCAUCCGCUGCCUUCACCACCGCUGUGCUCCCGCCCGGAACAUUAGGGUAGCUUUGUCAUGUUGGAGUUCGUGAGCGCUGGCGUGUGGGCGGGGGUGGUGUUUGGUCUGAGAGGUGUGAGGAGGGUAAGGGUGGUUGCCCCCCCCCCUCCCCGUUUAACUGUCGGUUGACUGACGUUAAUUGAAGGAACGUGGCGUGUGCACGUGUCAAGGUUUGUGAACCCAAAUUGGUUUAUUAUCACGGUCCUGUGUGUUUUUUUAUUUGUUUUAUAAACUUAAGUCAUCGUUCAUCUCAUCAUUUAGGCUAACGUCACUAAUUAUUAACGUUCGUGCUGUUAAAUGACAUAUAUCAAGUCAAAUGAAAGUAUCCAUUGAGUAUUAAGUGAGGCUUAUCUUCAUUGGCAGUUCUGAGCAGGUGGUAGAAAUUCCACAUCACAGUGUUUAUUCAAAGGACAAACACUGCCUUACUUCCACUAAGUGGAUGCACUAGACGGUACUCAUUUUGCCAAUCACAUUGGGAUGAUAUUCUGAAUACUUGUAAUUGUCCUAAAUCAUUUGGGAUGCUGUAAUGGUAAACACUGGACUUACAAUGCAGAGAGGUCACUGGUUCCAUUCCUCAGCGUGGCAGUUUAAACAAUGGACAAGUUUAUUAAAUUGCCUCUGUCCACCCAGCAGUAUAAACGUGUACACCCAAGUCAAUCAGUAGGCCACGUGUCGUGGGGUCAAGUUUACGUACUUUCACCUAUUUCAAAAUUACUGGUCAGCAUGGGAAAGUAGGCCAAAUGCCCUUCGGAUGGGCUCUCUAGAGCUCCCCAUAGGCAGCCUUCUCCCAGCGGUGGCGUGAGCAAGCAGUUACUGGGCUGCAACUGUACCCUUUGCGUGAAUUCAUAUGCUGUCAGUUUACUCGUUGAAAAAUAUUUUAAAAGGCCACUCUCACCUAUAGCCAUGGAAAAAAAGGCUUUGGGGCCCUAGAUGUCCCAACAGCGGUGGAUGUGACGUCUCGUAAGUUACAUUCCGAAAGAGGCGCAGUCCAUUUCAUGAACCAUUUAAACAAUGUGAGGCGCAUGCCGAUGUAUUACAAAUAUACAGUAUGUAAUUGCUACUUUUUUAGAUGACUACGUGCACAUUUUUAUUUUAAAUAGUAUUAUAUUUUGUGUUUGUCUUAUGCAAGAACCGCUAACUGUAUUGGAAAGUUUUAGAAUGUGAAUGAGGUCAAUUUAUAAAUGGCACGCAAUCCGAAUCUUGCCCGGAGUUCAGAGGUUUAUCCGCAGGCUGGGUUGUGACGCGCAAGCAUCUCUAACGUACACAUGCAGGUGGCCAAUACAAUGUGUGUUCUCAAAAUAACGGGGGGGGGGGGCUAUACCGUGUCCUGUACAUGACAGUGUUUUUUUGGGGUGUGGGAACCCCAACAACAAAAAAUUACGUCAAAAAUAGUACUCACGAAUUUAACAGCCUGCAGAGCAGUUUUGACUUCCUGUUCGCUGUAUCUCCGCCCUACGCAGAAACACCACGCACCACGUCGUCUGAGUUUGGUGCUGUGCUGUACGGUGACUGCUGGGAUGUUGGGUUGUGCUCUCGAGAAUUGCCUUGUGAUAUUAGGUAGUUUAAUUGGUGUUUUUGUUUUGUUACUAUGGGAUAAAUUUGGAUAUAACUGGGAUUUUUAAGAAAAGGGAUAUGCCGGGGCAACCGCCACAAUUGCAUUGAUAUGGUAAUUGAAGGCCACGCUGCAGUUAGCUUUCAUGUAAAUAUGAACUUGAUCAGGCUCCCAAGGUAAGAUUGAGGACUGUCCUUUCACAGUGUGACUUUUCGAGGUGGCAAAGGGUGAUUGAUCCCCACGAAAAUUAAAUAAAAAAUAUUGGUUUUAAUCGUCAGUGGGUUACAACCUAGCCUCUAAUCAUACCACACAGUUUGAAUAUAUGCCCACAGUUUGUCUUUACACGUCAUUCACUGGUAAGCGUGUCUUGAGACCACAAAAACAUUGUCCUUGUUUUCGCGACGCAUACUCGAAUGUACAGCCAGAACAACCUCUGCUAGGCAGGUUAUAAAUAUUGGACACGUUUUUGGCAUGGGACACGGGGGGAAGCCUUGCUGUAUCCUGUUAAGUGACUUUUCCCUGCAUGGAUGUGUUGCUCUUCUGUCGAUUGCGGCUGCCAAAAGUGGAAUUUUGUUUUUAAAAAAAGGUUGAUAUUGCAAAACACCAGGAGAUGGAAGAGUUAAAGAAAUGUCGUGCGAUGAGGUGUCGGUUUUGUAGCCUUGAUAAGUAGUGUGCACGCGUGUCAUUUGGCAAUACUACAUCCACAAAAAACAGGCAAAACAUUUUGAGAACACAAUGCUGUAAUGGAAACUAGCUCACAAAGUGCACAUUAAAUACCCAUGUUUGUUGCACCAAUUAACUGUGGGUAUGGGGGAAGCAGUGAUGCAAUCGGUAUACUGCACCUCGAACCCAAAGGCCCUAAGUUUGAUUGCUGGUGUAACCGGCGUGUACUUGUCUACAGUAAAUUGCACUUGUGAUUGUGCACGGGGCAACGUUUUGCACUCUGGUGGUCACAAGUUGCUGUUCUGUGCUACAUCCUGCCGUUACAUGAGGCGUCUGCACCCUUCACGCGGUGCAGUACUGACUCAGGGAUUGGUUCCUAGGCCACACGUGCACAUUGGACCACGCCCGGACUGAUGUUGUGUAUGGUUCAUGUACGGGGGGGGGGAGGCUGUUCAGUGCUGGCUCGGCGAGCGACUGGGAUUUGAACAGCGUGGUGUUUUGUGGCGUGUGGGCUGUGGUGGCUCUUGGUCACCGUUUGCAGAGAUGCAAAAGCUACCCAGGAGAGCACUUGAAUAAAGUGUUGCCGUUACAAGACCCACUCGCCAAGUAGUCCAGUCAUCUCGACCAACCGCGUGAUGCGGAGAGGGACACGAACACAACAUCGAACAACAUAUAUGGUCCUUGAAUGCUUUUUUUGCCGACCUCGUUAUGAUCACGCCAGGGAGGGAGGAAGGACCAGCGACACUGGCCAUGGCUAACUUGAGUGGAAAGUGAUGUCUGAACCGGCCAUGCCCCCCACAUCCCACCAACCCACACUGACAGGUGUGGCCAACACUGCGUGGGGAGACCUUCAGCAAGGGGGGGGGGGGGGGGCGAGACAAAAUAUUGAACAUAAUUUUAUUCUUCGAAUAUUGCGUUGAUAUGGGAUACUACAUUGAGAAGUCAAGUUGUGCGAUUCCCUCUUAUUUUAAAUCACACUUUACCAAAACUGUUUUACUGCUCCUUGUACAAACUGUCCACCCCGACGAGAGAUGAUGAUGUGCUGUAAUGUAACGGUAAUAACGGGGACGCGUUCUUGGAAUGUUCAAGCAAGGCGAUGUUUCAGCAUUAGCAUGUUCAAGCUGGCAUGAGUCAUUCUUGGUUUUAUAUGUUUUAGGUAGCGCUUUUAAAACCAAUGGCUUUUAAGUUGUAAUGUAAUGAACAAAUUUAAAUACAAUUAUAUUUCAACUUU